AAAAAAAGUAUUUUGCCCGUCGUUACUUCACUUCCGGUGUUCCCUCCCCUGCAGGCGGCUGCCGGGGAGCGCAGCCGCACCAGCCAGCCAUGAAGCGCUUCUUCCAGCCCGUACUCAAGGACGGAUCCCCCGCCAAGAAGAGGCCCGCCGGAGCCGCGAUCUCUGACUGCGUUGAUGGCCGCGCCCCCACCGCGGCCGACGCCGGCGGGGACGGCCCUCCCGGCGAGGAGCCACGCAGGUUCAUCACGUGGAACGCCAACAGCCUUCUGCUCCGGAUGAAGAGCGACUGGCCCGCGUUCUGUCAGUUCGUCGCCCGCCUCGACCCCGACGUCAUCUGCGUCCAGGAAGUGCGGAUGCCAGCAGCUGGUUCCAAAGGGGCACCUAAAAAUCCUAGUGAGCUAAAAGACGACACAACGUCGUCACGCGAAGAAAAACAGACAGUGCUGCGUGCUUUGUCGAGCUCACCUUUCAAAGACUACCGUGUGUGGUGGUCCCUUUCAGAUUCAAAAUAUGCAGGCACAGCUGUGUUUAUGAAGAAGAAGUUUGAACCAAAGAAAGUGUCAUUCAACUUGGAUAGAACAUCUACUAAGCAUGAUGCAGACGGUCGUGUCAUCAUUGUGGAAUUUGAAUCAUUCUUGUUGCUAAACACAUAUGCUCCAAACAACGGGUGGAAAGAGGAGGAAAAUUCAUUUCAAAGAAGAAGAAAGUGGGAUAAAAGAAUGUCGGAGUUUGUUCAACAAGUAGACAAGCCCUUAAUCUGGUGCGGAGACCUGAACGUUAGUCAUGACGAAAUCGAUGUCAGCCAUCCUGAUUUUUUUAGCGAUGCUAAGCUCAAUGGAUAUAUCCCUCCAAAUAAAGAGGACUGUGGACAGCCAGGAUUCACCCUUGCAGAGAGACAGCGCUUUGGCAAUAUAUUGUCCCAGGGAAAGCUGGUAGAUGCUUACAGAUACCUGCACAAAGAAAAAGACAUGGAGUGUGGCUUCUCUUGGUCUGGGAAUCCAGUUGGGAAGUACCGAGGAAAGAGAAUGCGGAUUGACUAUUUUGUUAUUUCAGAAGGGUUGAAAGACAGAAUUGUUUCAUGUGAAAUGCAUGGUCAUGGAAUUGAACUGGAAGGAUUUUAUGGAAGUGAUCACUGUCCUGUUUCACUUGUGCUCUCCAAAGAAGCAGCGGAAGCACCAGAAUCGAAGAGCUCCAGCUAACUUCUGUGUUUUUCUCGAACCGGACACCAUGGAUUAUUAGAUUAUUAUUAGGUCAGUUGAAGCGCUUGGCCUAUCAUGAGCUAUUUAAACAUUUUUUAUGACCUGUAGGCCACUACUGCGGUGCACCCUCUAGUCCGGAUCUGGAUUGGAAUUAGAGUUCAACUCUUACUGUGAUCAGCUAUUGGUAUCUAAGUUCAGAUUUCUAAGAGUUGUUCCACUUAUGACUGGCUUUUACAAUUUCGGAAGAAACCAGAUGCGAGCGCUUGGGCAACAUUA